AUGGCAGACCAGACUCAAGAACAAGACCCCCCUCUCUACUUCUUACUCCCGGGGGCCGAGAACCCGACAGCCGAGCCGCGGCCCGCGUACGUUCUGUUCGCCCACCACAACCUGAUGCUGCUCCACGCCAUCGACGGGGCGCCACUGCCGUCUCCGCCGGCCGGCCGGGUCCACGUCCAGGAGACCCUUUCCGGACGCGAACGCACCAAAGACGGCAGGCUCCGGUACCGUUACAAAUACCAGACCUCGGGGCCCGUGCAGACUGUCUCCCCGGGCUCGGACAGCCUGGACUGGAGUAAUCCUGGGUCCUCCCUGUCGACGACCAUCGACAUUCGACAAAGCCUCCCGGUGCCGACGCAGGUAUCUGCGCCGUCCACCCCUCCACCCGACGAGGGGGGUUCGCCGGGCAUGGUACUGGACUCGGACGACGCGCCGCCGCCUGUGCGCCGGAAGCGGAGCGCGCCGUCUCUGGCUGAGCCGGAGCGGCCGAAGAUCGCUCGGAGAACUCACAGCCCGGCUGACCGGCCUGGAAGACUGCGCCUCCGGAAGGACAAGGCAGGUAGGGAAGUGCCGAAGAAACGGUAG